AUGCCAUACCUGGCGUCCCCACUCUCUCCUUGGGCCGCCUCUUGGCACCCUGUUGUGGUUUCUGUAUAUGUACUGGCGCACGCAAUCUUCAAGGGACCUGCAGAACAAAGAAUGUUUCGCGACAGGCCAGCAUUGACCCUUUGGGAUGCAGCGGAACGCUUUCACGCCGGAGCCCGAAUCGGUGGCGUUGCUUUGGAAUUCCCGCCGGGCUGGAACCGUGUGGGCCGCAACCAAGAUUCCACCGAGGGAUCUCGGAACCUGCCGCUCGUUCCUGGUGCGCCAAGUUGCCGCCUUUUCGGCGUGUCCGUCCCUCCGCCGGAUCUGUCGCUUGUGCAGCAAGAACUUUCCCCACCGCCGGCCCUCUGGGAGCUAUCCUAUACUUACGGAAGCCUGAGUAGUGCGCCCCUUUCCAUUGGGUACAUUCAGGAUGCCUGCAGUAUCCGCAACGUCUGGGCUUAG